GCGUCUCUCAUGUACGACCAGCUGGUCAUCAUUGAGCUCGCGAGCUACGAACACCUAGCGCGGCAGCUGCAGUUCAUAGACGACAGGUUCUAUGAGGAGAAGGUUCGGAGGAUUGCAGUUGCCAGGCACGACGCGAUGUCUACCGAGGGCAACCUCUGCAUCUGCCCAGCGCUGACGCAGUUCAUCGCCGAGCAGAUGAAUAACGAGGCGACGGUGCCCAAGGAAAGUCGCAAG